GUGUAAUGAUGCUCCGAAUAAGAAACUUAUUAUUCGAUGACGAUCACCCUACCCAAGCAUGGCGGCCUCCUUGAACAGCUGAUUCUACAAUCACACAAGACUUUUUGUGCUCCCUUCCUUACUCACAGUCUAACUCGCCAACCGUGGCAAUGCUAGAACGUGAAACCUAGCCGUACUUUGCGAUGGAAGGGAUCCUGUCUCGUAUAGAGCUUGCCCUGGCAAAUCUGUCGUUGUCAUGUGACGAUCUGGGCCCGACUGCCUCCCCUGGCGCUUCUUCUUUGAUCCAGACCCUCGAAAUCUUUCGCCAGUUUCACAGGGAAUCUGAGGACAACAAGAAGCAGGUGCUCCUGGACCAGCUCCACAAACAGUUGGUGCCCCUGAGGGAGCUCCCACAAUGCACCAGUCAACUGGAGGCUGUCCAGGCCCUGAGCGACGGGGUCUGCCGACUGUACUUUCAACAUGUAGGACAGAACAGGAACGUUGCAAAAAGAGCUGUCAAGGUCCUGAAGGUGCUGCACAAACUAGAUAAGUCAAGCAUCGCCUCAAGACUUAAGGAAGAAUGGAAUCUUCUUCUUACAGAUGUGUGGUCUUUAAGUGACCUCCAGAAAGUAUUCCAGUUAUUGGACGAGCCAGUUCUAGUCAGGGAAUACAUUCAGGAUUUGUGGCCUCAGCUUCUGCUCAGUUUGGCUGGGACCUGGCAGCAACUCCACCUAGAGAUCAGCUCCAGUACUGCACCAGCACUGAUGAUUGACAGGUGCUAUUUAGCCACAAAGAUCUCCUUGCAGCUGUUCCAGGUGCUUUCCUCAGGUGAUGUUGGAAUACAGCAGGUGUGUGAAGUGGGGACAGACACACCUGCCAUCCAUGUCAUCAGUAGCACCCUGCUGGAAGUCAUCUUCAGCCAGGUUUGCAGUCUGGACUGUAAGCUGUUUGCCUCAAAUGCUUUGGGUUUCUUGUUAAACAUGUCAAGCAACCUCAAGGAGGCAGCAGGAACUGCCAAUAAACUUACACAAGCACCAGAAAAAGAAGGACAUCAAACAGUGUCCACUGGAGAUCUAAGGUUCGAGGUGACUGUUCCCAGGCUCACUGCUACUGACCAGUCCUGGUGUCAGGUAGUACUGGUCAGGGGACUGCUCACCUGUGUUAGACUGGACAUCCUGCUCCAACAGGUGCAGGACAGUCAAACACACCAACAGAAGAGUCUGUUCUUUGAUGUCCUGUUUCCUCUGGUGACCAAGUUCUGUGGUGAUGUUGGUGUCGGUGAUAUCCAGUAUCACGCCUUCUAUGCUCUGGAACAGUGGCUGAAGAGAGCCAGGACAGAUCUCCCCCACGUUCAUGCCACCUCAGGGAGACAUUUCCACACUGAUGGACCCGUAACUACCACUGUGAUGCAGUGUCUGUGGAACAACUGGGAAAAUCCUAUUGUAGGAGUCCCAGACUUGGUAAAGUCUGCUUUUGGUUUGUUACUGGCCUUACAUCAGGAGGAAAACACACUGGCUGGACAUACACGCAGCAUGCUGUUUGAGGACCUGUUUGUGAAGCUAGCAGGAACAUCCUGGCAUGUGAAGGGCAGAUACAUCCUUCUGGUGGAGCUCAUCCCUUAUGUGCAGGUGUUACAGGUGCUGAGGAGCCAAAACCACAUCCCCACCCAGCUGGUACAGGCACUGUCCACCAAUCACAUCGCUCCUGCCAGCUCAGAUGUGUACAGGGCCUUCCUGGUGGCAACUAGGGAAGCAUAUCAGAAAGACGAGACGGCCGCAGCUGAAGUCUGGAGGGACGUCUGGCUGGAAACAUUCAUGUCUGCCAUUUGCAACACAAAUCACCUGAUACGACACAAUGCUAUGCAGCACUGGGUCCCCUGCACCCUGCGGCUGUUUCCCCAGGUGUUGUCAGUCAUCACCACACGACUACAGGACAGGACAUGUCUGGUCUCCGGUACCAUCAGGCUCAGGGCACACAUGGCAGUACUCAAGGCUGCCAGAACUCUCAACAUUGUGUCCACCCAUGAUAUGGCCAGUGAUGUGAUCAGGGAGGCCCUGUGGCACAGUGAGGAGGACGUCAGGGCAGAGGCUUUCUCCAUCAUCUGCUCCCAUCCUAAGAAAUCAGAUCCCCUCUCCAGUGCAGAGGUUGGUCUCCUGCAGGAGUUCCUGCCCCUGAACAUGAAUAGUGAUGCAGCAGCCUUCAGGCAGGUCGUCUGUAACAACAUGAGGAAACUCAUGGUCAGACUCAGGGAUGGCAGCUGGACUUUACUGAAGAAGAUUCUGAAGACAAAGGCAACCGCCUCUAACAAUGAAACAAAAACCCAGUUGAUGCAGAUCAUAGGGUUUGUGGAUUGGCUUGUUGACCUGUGUGUGAUGUCCACCUUCCCUGGUGCCUGCUACCAGAGGAGAAAAACAGCACUGGAACUGCUGUGGAUUGUGUAUGACCACCUGACUUCUGAUUGGGGAAAUGAGCCCAAGACAUCUGCAAACUAUCAAACUCUCUUAAACUGGGCCAGAGCACAAGGAAGCUGGGAUUUCUUUGCAGAGAGGAAUGCAGCUGCCUUGCUGAACUGCAUGGAAGAUGGAUCAACUGAGGUGCGUGAGCUGGCUUACCACCUCCUGCUCACAUCCUUCCCCACCCCCUGGUGCUGGUGGGGCCUGGGGGAGGGGGAGACAGGGGACAGGCUGUUCAGUCAUGCCAGGCAGCUGCUCCACAGCCCUAAGGCUCAGGAGUGUGAGGCCGGGGCACUCAUCAUCAAACUUAUCUUCAACAAACUCUCCAUACAGAGGGGACUGGAUGUUUUUGGUGAGAGCGUUUCUGACUCAGGCAGUGCCCCUGUCAGGUUUAUCCAGGGAUUGCUGGGCCUCCUACAGGAGCAACACACGACGGCCACCUCCAACCUGCUGCAGGCUGCCAGACAGGCUCCCAUGCAUGGUGUUCUGCUGGCACUGAGACAGUGCCUGUCCUCACCUGCCCUCUGGGUACAGCACAGGUCUGAGGAUGUGGGACAGCUGAGGUGCCAGGUCAGUGACCUUGUGACAGCUGUGGAGGCUGUUCUGAGUCUGGUACUCAAGGCUCUAGCAGGGGUCAAGGGUCAGGAGGAAGAGGAAGACUCUGAGGUUUCCCCGUCCUUUGCUGACAUGGGCGAGGCCAUCAGCAGUAUCAUCUGUGAGAGCGGAGACCAGGAGGGGGGGCAGGACGACAUCGCACUGACGCCUGAACAUGAGCUGGUGCUGGCCUGCUGCUGGCUCAAUAUCAAGGAGGCAGGCCUUCUGCUGGGUCAGCUGGUGGACAGUGUACUACAGAAUGACUGUGAACUGUUGACUCCUGAACAAGUGCAAUUCAUAGGCAGGAUGUACGUUAGGAUCCUCACACAGUGUAGGCACAGGGGUGCAAUAGAGAGUUGCAACAUUGGAUUCCUGAUGGUUUGUAAAAGGCUGCUAAGCCAUUCUGAUGCACAAUUGGCAGCCAUACCUGCACAAAUACUGGAUCAGGUGCUGGAUGUUAUCUCGGGGAAUAGAAGUACAUCAAACAUUACCCGCCGUAGUGCAGGGCUCCCCCUGCUGGUUCAGGCCAUUACUGCAUCUGAGCCCAGGGGAAAUUACAGACCGCUCCUGAGAAGAGCUGUGCAGGUUCUGCUGACCACUGCACAACUGCCCUUGUCUCAGGAUGAGGACCACACUGUCGACAUUCCUCAGGUACAUGCGCUGAAUGUCCUGAGAGCGCUGUUUUCUGACUCGACCCUGGGGGCGGCCAUGUUGGGCCACAUCUCUGACGCCGUCAUCCUGGCCAUCAGUGGGUUCUCCUCACCUGUCUGGGCCAUCAGGAACGCAGCCAUGCAGCUAUAUGGCACUCUCUUGAUCAGGAUGCUGGGGCCCAAACGUGUGAGAGACGAGCACUCAGCAGAGAACACCAUCACAGCUCGAGAGUUCUUCACGCGCUGGCCAGGCCUGCGACUGUUCUUACUGCAGCAGCUGACGGAGGCGGUGGGGAGGCAGGGGGAGGGGAGGUUCUACCUGCACCCCGGGCUGCAGCCGGUACUCAUCCUCCUGUCCAAACUGGGCCCAGGGAUAGAGGACGUGGAACACAGGAAGCUGCUGUCCCAAUUUGUGAGUCCUGUGAUGGCCCAGGCCAGCAGCCCCCUGCUGUCCGUCCGCGUGCUGUGUGCACGUGCGCUGGUGCCUCUGGUGAGCGUGCAGACACAGGUGCAGGUGAUGUGUGGCAUCCUGGAGAAGAUGGCAGCUGCACCUGGGGAACAGGUGCAACAGAACGGCCUGCAUGGAGCCAUCCUGCAGGUGAUGCACCUGCUGCAACAAUGGAAAGAUACCACAAGGAAAGACUACCUCCAGGAGAGCAGAGGUAUCCUGCAGGCCAUCCUGGCCAGGUCCUGGGUGGCCACGUCCUCCAACCCCUGCCCCGUCACCCGGACAGACUACCUGAAACUGCUCCUGUCUGCUGCCCAGUCGUGUGACACCUGUGUGGAGAGAGACAGGGUGUUACUGACACUGAAGGAUGAGGUCUCCACCGUGACAUCAAAUGUGGAUUCCAGCUGUCAGCCAGUGGCCAGCGAGCUGCUGCUAAAAACUGCAGCAUCAGUUUCACUCCAGCUUCUGACGCUGAACUCUGUCCCCGCGGAGACCCAUCAGCAGCUGACUGGCUCCCUCCUGCUGUCUGCCUGUGUGGACGUGAGGAGAGCGACCCUCCUGCACAUCCAGGACCUGACGUCACGGGAGGACCUGGCCGCGUGGCUGUGGAUCCUGCCGAUACUACAACAGCAGUUGGAAAAGGAGACCGACCUUUUGUGCUUGGAGCUCUGCCUGGACAACUUUGUGGUGUUUCAUACGUCCAGACAAGAGUUACCACCCUGCACGACUUUCCCCACUUCUCUGUGGACUGUGGUUAUGCAGUUUGCACAGGGACAUAAGGGAACAUCAGUCUGUGCCAAAGCCCUUCCUGUGUUAGCCAUUGGUUUACAUCAACUUCUGCAUUCUAAGGCACACAGCAGCAGAGAGGAGCUGCAGAAGUGGUCCCAGCUGAUGGAGGCAUACAGCCACCCCCUCCAGCCGGAGCCCCUCAGGGUGGGGGUGGGCAGGGCACUGCAGCAGGUGGGGGUGGGGGUGAUGGAGAGGAUUGCUCAGGAGCAGCAGGAGGAGGACAUGGAGGUUGUACUCAGGUUGACUCGGGCGACGUUAGCCCUGCUGCAGGACGAGGUGCGGGAGCCCAGGACACAGGCGACAUCAUUUGCUGCUCUCCUUCCCAGGACACCCUCAGUUGUCCAGUACCCAAACAUCCACACCACAGCUGCAAUCAGGGUCCUGCUUGCCUACCUGGUGGACAGGUUCUGGUGGUCUCCAUCCGUGUGGAGGUACUUCCUCACCACCCUGUACCCUGAUGACCCCAUCUCCACCAUCUCCCAGCAUGCCUGCACGGGCUCCACCCACCUGUUUGAGCAGGAGGAGGUCAACGUGUAUGCAGAGGUCAUCACCAUGGCAAAGCUCAUCAAGGACAGCUUCAGGAACCUUGUCAUUAAGCAAAGUCAGGAGAAUUCUGCACCUGCCUGGGACAUUAACUACUUCACAUGUGCCAUCAAGGAAGUCAGGGAGAAACUGUCUCUCAUUGUCCCUCAGGUAGAAAAGGAAAGACAUGCAGGUUUACUGGGAGUGACAGGGUACAGCAAGCCCCUGGCAGCACUCUUCUGCUACCUCCUGUAUGUGGACUGUCUCUUCUUUCAAAUACGUCAUUGUCAACUUCCCAAUGAGUCUGACAUGGUGGAAGAACAGGUACAAGACAUCAAGUGCCACCUGUUUCAACUGCAGAAGGUGCCUGCCCUGCAUCCAAUCCUACAUGCUGUCCUCAGCCCUACUGGUCUGUUCUCCCUACAACUGGAUCUAGGGACUGCAAACGUAUCAACAAAACAGACUAGUCAUGUGUCUUGAUGUGAUGUUGUAGAUAGGAACAAGUAAUGACUUCACGUAUCCUGGUGUUUUAUUAAUGUCGGCUCACAUAAUGGAGAGGUACACAUAGUAAUGAAGACUAACCAUGAGCCUCGUAACAGCCAACUUGUUGCUCAGGAUAUAAUGAGCAAGCUGUUGCUGGUGUAGAGAACAAAUACUGCUUCACAGAGACUCCACAAUCUACUGUAAGCCUGAAUGAUAAUCUCAAGCACUGGCAAAGAGGGACAGGUUCUCAGCUGAAGUGUCAGUUGUUCUGUCUGAACUGAGACAUGGACCAAAUGUACAUGUACAUGUAUGCAUUUAAACUUUUUACUUCAUAAAGCCAAGAAUUAUUAGAGCCAUACUGUGCAAUUUUACCUGGUUAGAAUAUUUUUACUUGCAAAAUGGAAAAUUUUAGUAAUAAAAGUUAUCUUUUAAUGUCUUUUGUGGUCCACACUGUAGAACAUAUACUCUUCUGAGCAACAAUUUUGUAUUGUAU